UAAGUUGGAAAAGAAGCUGUGCGAUAAAAGGGUUGAGGUCGUCGAGGAAAAACUGAGGGGCACAAUGGGCCAGUUCGGAAUUACCAAGGUGCUCUUUGAUCGUCUGAUCGAUACAUUGCAUGAAAACGGAAAUAUCAAAUUGGAAAAGUGCGAGCUGCAGAAGGCUUUCCUCCAGGAACAACAAAGGGAAUGCAACGAAAAUGACGUCGCAAGAAAGACAAAAGAAAGACUUGCUGCCGCGAACCUGACAGGAAGGCUAAUUUCACUUUUCCCGGGCUCAAAGUACUAUAUCAGCACCGACGACUUGAGCUGGCAUUUGGCGGGAAAAUUCUGCAAAUCUGUCGGAAUGGAGCUGGCCAGCGUGGAAUCAGAAGAAGAAAACACCGCAAUUUAUCAUGCGAUCGUGAACACGACGAACGAGAGUUACAAAGGGGAAAGGACGGUGCAUUACUGGACUUCGGGCACUGAUUUGGAUUCCGAGGGGCAUUUUUACUGGAGCGCAACGGGAGAGGACAUCGGAGCGUUAUUCACUUUGUUCGCUGAAAACCAGCCAGACAAUGCAGAUGGAAAGGAAAAUUGCCUUCAGUUGUGCAAUGAAUCAGACACUUUCCGUUGGCACGACGAGGACUGUUCUACCAAACUCAAAUUUAUUUGCGAGCUCAAUUAACGAACGUUUUUUAUGUCAUAUGAGCUA